GAUGAAUUGAGUUUUUUGGUGGCAGUGCGGUUUGACCUCAAUCGAGCGGUGUCGGUUGGUUUUGUUUUUCCACUGUUCCCUUCAAUACAUAUAGCUUCUGUUGUCGCAUUCUUAACGUUUCAAUCGUAUUCUGAGUUGCGUAUUUCUCCGCUUUUUACCCUCAUUAAACCACCUAUAAAAUCGACUCCACUCUCGUCAUCUGAUGCAAGUUCAAGACGACCUCCCUCCAACCCCCUCCACUGCUCGUCCAAAUACACCAGGAGGAUUCUCCAUCGCACGCACAUACACAGGGACCUCAGCGUACUUCUCCACAUACGAGACACCCACUGCAAUGGCUUCGACACAACAACUCCCCGUCAUUCACGCCCAAGACGGCCCAAGUCCAAAGUAUGAAGGAAAGGCUCUUAUCUUGGAUGUACCCUCGACGGCUGCUCCCUUGGAGACCAUGCCUGCUUCUCCUCCUCCAGAGGACGUAAAAGCGUCGCCAACCCUUCCAUCUAGCACUGAUGAAUCUCUCGUUGAGAAGUCCCCUGCGAACGCCGCUGCCGCUACCACUGAUGUGGCCGCUCAGCCACCAGCUAACACUUCCUCUCCCACAUCCCCAACAAGCAGUGCGAAGGGACUCUCCGCCUAUCCUGAAAAUGUGGACGAGAGCAAACCUAUUGUUGUUGAACCCGAAGCAGACUUGUCGAGGCACGCAACUGGUGCAUUUGCCGAUGGGGCUGCUACUACUCGUCACCCAGAGCGAACUGGAACGUUGCACGAACGUGCCGCUACAGCCGAGGCCCAGCUUGACGAAAAGACCAAAUCCAAAAUUCUCAAAGCCGAGGGGAAAAACAAUAAGCAAAUGGCCAAGAUCAUCAAAGCCGAAGCGAAAGCCCAGGAUCGGGCGCUCCAGACGGCCAUCGACGAAUUAAAGAAACUCCAAUCAGUUCAAAAAUCCGCUGUUACGGAAGAAUCCAAAGCCUUGUCGCAACACACAAGAGCGGUGGCCAUCGAGCAAAGAACAGCCGCUGAAUUCGCAAAAAUCAAAGCGCAGUACGAAAAGGCUCAAGUCGAGCUGCGAUCUAAUGUUGAACGGUUGGAAAAUGCUAGAAAAUAUGCAAAACAAACGACUGAGGAAGUGAAAGAGAAGAAUCUGCAGGUUUUGAGGGCCACGGAGCAGAAGAGAACGGAUGACAGGGAGAGGGCUGCUCAGUUGGCUACGCUUGGCUCUGGUGAACACUCAAAAUUGUGUUGGUAAAGAGAAGGAUGAGACACAAUUCAGUGUACUCUUCUUUUCCCAUCUUUAGUCCCGAUACCCAUUGAUUCCUUCUUGUAUACGUGCACCUGAAGCCAUCACCCCCCUAUUAUAGGUGAAGGCUUCGGACAUACCCCAAAUCCCUACCCAUCUAUCUUACACGAAUAUUUAUCCAAACCAUCUUAAUAUUCCUCUAUCCUCUUUAUUCUCGAUUUCAGAGGAUAGCCAACUGUUGUCACGAGUACUGAUGUGUUUCCCUUGCUUAAUGUACUGCUCAGAUCUUGUCGAAUAGCUAGGUUCGGCGGGUCGGGUGUAAUUACUAUGAAACAGGGUAUAUCAGUCUGCUCUAUUGUCGG